AAGGUCACGUGAUUAUAAAUAAUGAAUACCCAAACUGGACCGGUUUGGGAUUUUUCUCUGCACGUAAACAAGUCCACAAAGAGGGUUAAGACAUGAAUAGCAUAAUUUUUGUAGUUUUUAUCGACUCACGGAGUCACGAUAAAAGUCGAAGUCGCUGUGGCGAAUUCCUUCAUAUCCGCGAGGCAGCAUAAGCAGUCACGUAGUCGCGUUUGAUCGAGAAGUAUAUAAGCUCCGGGAAUCAAUUUUUUCCCUGUUGUGUAUUUCUUUGUGUCUAGUUGUCGAGUUGUUGAACGCCGGCUCGCAUCGUUCAUUGUUAUACAAAAUGCUGGGUCUAGCUGUGACGUUGCUCUCCGCCUGCCUCUUGGUGUCCGCGGAUCUCUGCGAGAACGGAAAGGACGACCACUGCAUGGCGCAGGACGGUCCCUUCAACCAGGACACCGACUGGUCCAAGGCCCAGAACAUCUACCAGUUCCACGCCCGUGACAUUCACGGACAGGACGUGUCCCUCGACAAAUACCGCGGCCACGUCCUCCUAAUAGUGAACGUCGCCAGCGAGUGUGGGCUGACAGACGUAAACUACAAGCAAUUGGUCGCCCUCCACGAGAAGUACGCCGACACAAAAGGCCUGAGAAUCCUCGCCUUCCCCUCCAACCAAUUCGCCAAUCAAGAGCCCGGAACAUCCGACGAAAUUCUCAAAUUCAUUGAGAAGUACAACGUCAAGUUCGACAUGUUCGAGAAGAUUGAUGUCAACGGUGAGAACGCCCAUCCUCUCUACAAAUGGCUGAAGGAGAAGCAGGAGGGGCUAAUUACCGAUGACAUCAAGUGGAAUUUCACGAAAUUCAUCAUCAAUAAGGAAGGAAAGGCUGUCGAGCGUUACGCACCUACCACGAAGCCCCUCUCCAUCGAGGAGGAUCUCCUCAAGUACUUCUAACAAGCCAAAUUAUACAGAUAAUUGGACUCUGUCUACUGUCCCUCAAUAAUCCUAAUUCCAACUAAAUUGCGUACGUCUACUUGUGCGCGAUGUAGACCUUGCUACUUCUUCAUACCUAAAGAUGAUGUAAGAAUGUAAGAGAUGUUUUAGAGAAGUCUAAGCCAAACAUAAAUUUUGUAUACUCAAGUACGAAAAAUAAAUGCAACUGUGACGGUUGAAAGAAGAA